ACCAGCAGCUCUAUAAAGCUCCUCUUUCCAGACGGGACACUCAGGGAUCAGCAGCCGCUGACCUGCGCUUGGCAUUGGUGCAACAGCCCCCUUGUCCAGCACAGCACUGCUCCCAGCUCCCACGAUGGAAGCUUGUUACUCUCAACAGCAAUUCAAUGUCACUUCAUAUGAUGCCACAGCUCUGGCCAUCAUCACCUUUGAGGCAUUUGCUGGCAUGUGGAUAAAUGCUUUCAUUGUUUCUGUGAUUUGCAUGACCUGGGUGAGAAAGAAAACCUUGAACUCUAAUGAGAAGAUCUUGCUGUUACUGGGAUCCUCCAGGUUUUGGUGUUUGUGCAUCUCAUGGAUACAUUUCUUUCUGUCACUAAUUUACCCCAAUUACCUUCGUGUUCACCCCAUUAUUGUGCUAAGUAAUAGUGCUCAGAGCAUUCUCAAUUGUUCCAACUUUUGGAUUUCAGCCUGUCUUUGUGUCUUUUAUUGUAUAAAAAUUGCCAAUUUCAGGAGCAGCUUCUUCAUCUACCUGAAAGUAAAAGUUGACAGGAUGGUACCCUGGCUCUUGUUGGGGUCAGUGUUUUUCUCCCUGGUUAUCGGAACCGUUAUCAACAACAUGACUGAUAAAGCUUUCUGUAAGAACCUCAAUUUGACCUGCCAAGAGUGUAUUGGGAAAGCAAGGAUCAGAAGAGAGGAACAUUUUCUCCCCGUUCAUUUUUUCAUUGGUUUUGGAUAUGCCACUCCAUUCACAGUUGUCAUCUUUUCUGCCCUUCUGCUUCUCUUUUCCCUCUGGAGACACAAACGCAACAUGCAGACAAACUCCAUGAAGGACCUCAGCAUGGAUGCCCACAUCAAAGCCACGAAAUGCAUUCUCUCCUUUUUCAUAAUCUACAGCAUCAACUUUGUUUUUUUUAUCUUGUCACUGACUUCUGCAAUUAAGAGGCAAAAUCACGUGGAGUUGCUUUUUAAUGUAUUUCAGUAUGCUUUCCCAAGUUUUCAUUCGCUUAUUGUACUUUUCAGCAAUCCCAAUCUGGAAAAGACACUGCUAAAGAUUCUAUCCUAUAUGAAAUGCAAGGUUUGUGUGAAGUAG